AUGGGCGAUCAUGACUCGCCAAAGGAUAGGGAUCUUCGCAUUACCAAAGCAGAGCUCGGCGACUUCGGCGGCAGCGCAGAUGGCCACGUAGGCUAUGGUGCAGAUAGCAUCGCGGUGGGACAGCCCAGCUACGAACUCUUCUCAACGCCUCUCCCAGUCGAGCCGCUAGCUCCUUCUUCCCCUACCACUGCGUACCACUCCUUUGCACUCGGGACAGAAAGAGUAUUACGAGCUCGUUCGUCCCGAUCGCAUCUCAUCAGCUCCCAGCGAAGCUCCCUUUCAUCCUCACACCACUUUCCUUCGCACCACACCGGAUAUGGUCAAGACCAACGCAGAGACUACCGGGAACUGGACGAGCUCCAGCCUUCUACUUCGCCAGCCGCGACGCAGACCACAAACGAGCUCAAAAUGAACCCUUUCACCCAAUUCACCCCGAGUCAAGCAGAGGAACAGCCGAGCAGCCCCACUCGAACGCGUCUGAUCGAGUAUGGUCUGCAUGACAAGUCAGGCAAAAAGACGCUCAAAUUUUGGACGCUCAUCUUGGCCUUCGCCAUCACCGUCAUGCUCACGGCUCUGGACAUGACUAUGAUCUCGACCGCCUUGCCUUCCAUCGUGGAGGAUCUGCCGGCGUCGACCGUCGCGGGUGGGUGGGUGACGUCCUCCUAUCUCCUCACCGUGACAGCCUUCCAGCCCCUGUUUGGCGGUCUCUCCUGCGUCAUCGGACGGCGAUGGUCAGCUGUGCUCGCCGUACUUCUCUUUGUGGGAGGCAGCAUCCUGUGUGGCUCUGCAAAUAGCCUUCUGUUUCUGGUCAUCGGACGUGGCGUUCAAGGCCUUGGAGGCGGCGGCAUUCAAGCGAUCGGCGAAAUCACCGUCUCCGACAUCACCACCCUACGCGAGCGAGGCUUCUUCGUAGGCAUCUUUGGGCUCGUCUUUGCUGUCGCUUCCUUUGUGGCGCCCGUUCUUGGCGGUUACUUUAGCGACCACGACUGGCGCUGGAUUUUCUGGAUCAACAUUCCCAUCGGUACCGUUGCUCUUGUCAUGCUGGUGCCGACCACAAAUCUGCCGGUUCCUUCCAUGCCACUCAAGACCAAGUUGGCCAAGAUGGACAUCGUUGGCAACCUCGUGCUCCUCGGCAGCGUAGUGGGCAUUCUGAUCGCCGUGACAGAAGGUGGCGUGUCGUAUCCCUGGUCAAGCGUUUACAUCUGGGCGCCACUGACCGCGGGCCUGGCGGGCUUCCUCUUGUUCCUGGUGAUCGAGUUUGUGCCCAACCCACUCAGCACGCAGCCAGUGCUACCCUUGAAGCUUUUCAGCAACCGAACAGCGUGUUCUGCUUUCCUCAUGACUUUUCUCCACGGCGUGGCUACCUAUGGGGCCAUUUAUGCACUUCCCAUCUACUUUCAAGCGAUCAAGGACGAGCAGCCGCUCCGAUCCGCGGUAUCGACCUUCCCAUCCACGGCUCCGUCGGCCCCCUUCGCCAUCGUUGCCGGCAUCAUCAUGGCUGUCACUGGAAAGUACAGGGAUCUCACGUAUGUCGGGUGGGCGUUCGCCGCAGGCGGCUUCGGCUGGAUGACGCGGUUUGAGGUCGGCACGCCAGAAUGGGAGCUCAUCACAGCACAGAUCGUUGGAGGCAUCGGCAUCGGCAUUCUGUUCGCCAUCACCUUGCCUCCGAUUCAGGCGAGUCUGCCGAUAGACGAGCUCGAGACGGCUACUGCGACGUACGCCUUUUGCCGAUCCUUCGGAGCCAUCUGGGGUAUCGCCAUCACGACGUCAGUGCUGACGGCGGAGGUGAGCAAGAAAUUAGCGACUGUCCCGCAGGCAGCUCAAUUCGGUCUGACCGGCCCAACGGCGCUGGGGUAUGUCGAAAACAUCAAGCAUCUGCCAGAGCCGCUCCGGGACCAGGUCAGGCAGGUGUACGCCGACGGGCUGCAAAGGGGUAUGUACGCCUUCUUACCGGUCGUCAUUGUCGGGUUUGCAUGCUGCUUCUGGAUGAAAGAGCUGCCUCUGCCCGACUACAUUCGAGAGGAGGAAGAAAGCGAGAAGCGCAGGGAUCGCCACGAGCAGCCGGCAAUGUCCUUGCAUCAGCCAGAGCACGCACGGCGAGCACAAUCCGGUGUCUCUCGUCAGACCUCUUGUCAGCAUAGCUGUGAGGAGCAGCCGACAACCCUCUUGCUUGAUGACUCGCCAGACUCGACUCUCGUUGAUUCGACUGGCGUCCACCAAUGUCAUCCCAACACGCUUGACGCAGCAAUCGCCGCAGCAGCCUGCGACAUCCUCCACUACCGGAAGGACGAGCGAGCUGCGACCCAACUCGAAGCUUACGCGUCGGACGCUUACCACUCGUCUCCUCCGUCGUCGCCGAUCCUCCGCGCGGAGGCAUUCGCGGCAGAUAUGGAGAUGAACGAUCGGGGUAGAGCAGAUGAAGGGAGGUAUGGCCGCAUCGCAACUCCGUCCAAGGCUUAUUGGCAGGGUGAGACGCAUUUCUAG